GCCGGGCGCGCGCAUCCCCUCAGAGCCGCCGCCAUGGACAGCAGCGGCAAGGAGCGCGAGGCCGUGCAGCUCAUGGCCGAGGCCGAGAAGCGGGUCAAGUCCUCGCACUCCUUCCUCAGGGGCCUCUUCGGAGGAAAUUCAAAGGUAGAAGAAGCCUGUGAAAUGUACACCAGGGCUGCAAACUUGUUCAAGAUCGCAAAAAACUGGAAUGCUGCAGGAAAUGCAUUUUGUCAGGCAGCCAAGCUCCAUAUGCAACUACAGAGUAAACAUGAUGCAGCCAUCGGUUUUGUGGAUGCUGGGAAUGCUUACAAAAAGGCAGAUCCACAAGAGGCUAUGAACUGCUUAAAUGCAGCCAUCGAUAUUUACACAGACCUGGGCCGAUUUACUAUUGCUGCCAAGCAUCACAUCACCAUUGCAGAGAUUUAUGAGACUGAGCUGGUAGAUAUUGAAAAGGCAAUUGCACAUUAUGAACAAGCUGCAGAUUACUACAAAGGAGAAGAAUCCAACAGUUCAGCUAACAGGUGUCUGCUGAAGGUGGCUGCAUAUGCUGCUCAGUUAGAGCAGUACCAGAAGGCAAUUGAAAUCUACGAGCAGGUUGGAACAAAUACCAUGGAUAAUCCUUUGCUCAAGUACAGUGCAAAAGAGUAUUUCUUUAAAGCUGCUCUCUGCCACUUCAUUGUGGAUGAGUUGAAUGCUAAGCUUGCUCUGGAGAAGUAUGAAGAAAUGUUCCCAGCAUUCACAGAUUCGAGAGAGUGCAAGCUAGUAAAAAAACUGCUGGAAGCCCAUGAGGACCAAAACUGUGAGGCGUACACUGAGGCAGUUAAGGAAUUUGAUUCCAUAUCUCGCUUGGAUCAGUGGCUUACGACUAUGUUGCUUCGCAUCAAAAAAUCACUUCAAGCAGAUGGUGAUGGAGACCUAAAGUGAAUUAUUUGUGGUAUAUGUGGCAUGUUGCCUAACUCCUAAGUAAUCUGUUUUUGUGUAAUGGCCAGGGACCAUUAUGGGAUACUUGACACUACACCUGGCUUAAUUUUGUUGCUUAUGAACCAAAUGACCUGUAUUGUUAGUAUCCUGGUGUUUUUUUGAUGACAUGGAUGGAUAAGAAAUAAUACUCCUAGGUGUUGCUGACAGCUCUUCCGUAUGUGAGAGCAAUAGAGGGAUUCACAAGACUUUUGAGAUCAGUGAAAGAAAUGCUUGGGGCAAAAAUCUUUAUUUUUAGUAGCUGAUGAGCCAAAAGUCUUCCAUUUAAAAUUUUUUUUUGGCUGCCAUUUCUCUACUAGCUCAUCGUCUUCAACAUUUUGGAUCCAUGCUUGUAAAUAUCUGUCCAUAACAUACAGUACACACAAUAUUUUCUGAUCUAAUGCUAAUGUAUUGCUAAAGUUCUGUGUUUUUAACGGACCUUAGUGAGACAUGUAGAUUUUUGUUUUUAAAAUCGACAGAGCUAUUUUAAUGCCAGUGAAAUGCCUGUGAUUUUUAGAUACAGUGUGGAUGUGUAUAUACUAUACACAUACAGAUGUGCAAGAAUAAAUACAUAAUGGCUUGGGUUUAAAAACACUAAUCUUCAUAGGUGAGGGGUCUGUAUAUAAUAUAAUAUCAAUUACCUUCUCCCAAACCAUUCAUUAAAUAGGACCUAGCUUAUCAUGUAUUUUCUAUUUAAGAACUAUAUAUGAAAUGUAAGUUUCUUCUAUUUUUUUCUUGGAUAUAUUUUUCCACUUAUGUUAUUUUUUGGUGCAUACCAUCUCUCCAAGAGGACUUUAACAGGUAAUAAUAUAUUUUUCUAACUUUUCAUUUACUUAAGUUCCUGCUAUUGUCUUUGCUGCCGUUUUUUUGUAUAUUCCAGAACACUACUACUUUCCCUUUGUGCUGUUGGCAAAGCUGUGUCAAUAGUUAUUGAAUUAGGCUUUAUCUUAGCUAAGAUACCCUCCUUCAGCAUUGCUGGACAACAGCUUGCCCAGGCUUGUUUUAAAACUACGUAGAAAUUAAUUAUCUUGAAGAAUGUGUGUGAAUCCCAGUUUGUGUGUGUGUAGAUCCUAGUUUCAAUGGAGAUAAGUAGACAAGCUACCUAUAAUUCAAUAUAUGUAUGACAGUAAGAUAGACUCAUGACCAUAUGCAGUUUCAGUGUUAUGGCUUAAUAUUUCAGUGCAGUUCCAAUAAGCUGUAGAAAUUAUUUCAUUCUUAUGUCACCAGUGCUGCUUACAUAAUGAAAGAGUACUAGUUUUAUUUUGCAUAAAUGCUACUAGUCAUUUGACCUUUUAAAUAUUGGAUACUUUAACGUAGGAAAACUCUAGUAUCCCAUAGUUAGUACCUGUACUGCUACUAUCUAUGGCCUAGGUUGGUCUUUGAUUUCUUUUGGAGGAAAGACCUGCCCCAAAUAUGCAUGGACCUACCCACAUUCCAGACAGGGUACUAGCUGGCUUUCAUUUUUGUUGUUUUUACGAAUAUCUGUUUUUUUGUUUGUGCUGCUGGCUUUGGGAUUGAAUGACUAUUGACCGACAUAGUAACCCUAGCAAGCCAGCACACUGAUAGGAGACCAAAUGAUAUAACACAUUCCAGGAAAGAUGUUUUUUAUCAACUCUCAUCAACAAUCAAUUUAAUCUUUCUUCUACUUGAUUGUUUUCUAGAUGUGUAUUUAUAAACUAAACCAGGAAGGGCUUUGUGCUAUGUAGGGAGUGUGACUUUUCUUGUAGUUGGAAUGAAUAGCACUAGUGAGUUAUCAUUGAAAUUGUACAAAAGCCUUUUCUCCCUCCUUGUCGGAUGGAGAUGUGUGGCCAAAAGGGGACUGGGAGGGGCUGGCUCUGAUGAGCAAGAGACUCAGAUGUGUUAGGAAAUGUUAAAGCUGCAUCUUGUGCAAUUAACACUUGCUUACAGGGGCUGGUCCCAUUAGAAAUGGCUGACUUGGAUCUCCCUCUAGGGAACCAUGCCUGAACAAAUCUGACUCUUCUUUAAACGAAUAUAUGCUAACUUAAUCCUAUCGUGUGGCUACAGCUAUGGAAGGGGUUUUUCUGUCACUGUAAGAAAACCAUGGCCCUGAGCACUAGCACAUAAAAGCAUUCUCCUGUUGAUCUAACUGCAUCUACAAGAGGGUUAGGUCACCAGAGCUGUUGCUCAGGGGUGAAUUUGUCACACCUGAGUGCUAUAUCUGUAUUGACUCAGCUUCAGCUGAUUCUCUACACAGACAACCCAGAGAGGAAAAUAUAUGCAUGCUUAUGUUUAGGCUACAGUAAUCAUACAAGUGCUUUUUCAAAUAUUUAGAAGAAGAAAUGAGGUGUCAAGCUUUGUUUAGUAGAGGAGCAUUACUUUUUUCAAGUUGCAUAACUUUCCUUAUUCAGAAAGGAACAUAGUUCUUGAUUACAUAUAGUCUUGCCAUAGUACAUAUAAUUUGAGAUCAGAUAAAACACAGUUCAGCCAACUUUAGUGAAAAUCCUACACAGGUAUCACCACAUGAUAGGCACAUUUUGUUAAAAAAAUUCCACAAUUUCUGUAUUAAGCAUAACUUGGCACUGGUUACAUUUUACUUUGUGUGGUUAAUUUAUUUUUCCAGAACCCAAAAAAACAGUAUUUUUGCACAAUUAUGAUAGUAUGCAUAAAUUGCUGAUGAUGUACCAGAACUCUAUGUACUAAUCUGUGAUCUGUUAUUAAUGCGCUCUAUAAUGUAGUAGUUUUGUCUAAAUGCAAACCUUGGUGAUUUUGUAUAGCAGCAUGUCAUCUGUAAACUGUGAUAUACCAGUUAAUCAUAAAGCAAAUCUGUCAGGGUGUUCUUUUUCCUUCCCCCGGGUCAAGAAUCUACUAUGAAAACUAAUAAUGAAAUGGCCUUAGCAGGAACAGAUUGUUUUGUGUGAAGCAGUACAGUAAUAAAAUAAAAAUUAAGUAAUUGUGAUGCAUUCUUUUCUGGUGAAUGGCUACUGCUACGCACUUAAACUCCCUGGUUUGAUAGGAGUAGUAUUUUUAACAGUAAAGCCCCUUUCCUUCAAAGAGUGCUCUGCAGCAAGUGGUUCCAGAUUCUGCAUAUUUAAUGUGUAACUCUUCAGAAUGCUGUGCACUGAAUUUCACCUUGCACCUAACACCUGUACAGAUAAGCCUGUACAAUUGAAGUUCUAGUAGGUUUACAGUGUGAUUUUGUUCACUUGUGAAAAGUGAUGAGUCCUGUAGAGUUUUCUGAUGCACGUUUAACAUUGUUGCAGAACUGUUUAUCAGCACUAUGGAAGCAAAACAGAGUAACAGACAAUGGAAUGAUUAGGCCUAAGGCACCAGUUGGUCAGUAGCAACUUCUGUAGAAUUACUGCAAAAGUACCCAGGGGCCUGCUACUGUAAUCACCUAAAAUCAUCAGAUCUCUGCAAUAUACAAUGCAUAGUUCUCAGGGAAGAGGCCCGUCUGGUACUCCAAGCAAGUCACUUACAGAAAGGGCAGUACUAGUUCAAUAUUUUCAUAGGAUUUAAUAGUUCGUACAGGUUACUCACUUCCAUACACUCAUGGAAUACAAAAACUUCCCCUGUCUACAGGUACUAAUACUCAGGAUUUAAAUAUAUCUACAAACACUGUACAUUGGUCAUUAGGAAUCAUUUGAACUUCAACACUCAGAACACAAUUUUUGAAUAAAUAUGUCAAAUAUAACCUCCUGGAAAGCUGUUUUUUUAAACCCUUUUCCUGGAUUAAGCUAGGGGUCAAAGGUAACAUCAGAAGCUCCUUUAAGGUUCAAAAAACCCCCAAAACUCUGGUCCAUCGUUUGGUUGCUUUGCCUACCAGUAAGUCUUUUAGGAGUGGGCGAUAGUGAUGCAUGUGCUUAACUUUCAGCAAGUUUUUCUCAAACUGCUACUUAAACAACACCCACAUUAAGAAACCGUCACCAAAAAAUUUAAUAUCUGCAAAAAUCAGAAGGGCAGAUCCUCAGCUGCUAUAAACUGACACAGCAGAAGAUUUGGCCCGAUAUGGAACAGUUAAUUGCUCUGUUAGUAGCAAACUACUUGACCAAUGCUUUCAAAAGCAGAAAAUUGUAGUGAUCUUUUGAAAAAAGGCAAGUGGGAUUAAGAUGUUUAAUUGUUGAAAGCUUCAUCUUAAAAUACUCUUAACUAUAGGGCUAAUUCUGCUCUACUUAAAAUCAGUAGGAACAGGCUCAGGCCUUCUUCACUGACCCAGUCAGCCUCUGCUCAGUUACACACACCAACACAUGUAAUUUGCUCACAGAACAAAGAAAACACUGUAAAUGAUAGGUUAACUGAACAUUAGUUUAUUCUUAGUGAGGGAAAAUGUAUAUCUUAACUUGGAAAGUGAAACCCCUUGCAAUGGAAAGAAACUGGUUGUACUGAGACAUCCCACUUGUGUUCCCUUUACUGCUUGUAAGAUAGUCUCCUUGUAAAAUAAGCAGUAGGACAAAAACUAACACCCUGAACUUGACCAGAUUUUUGUAGAAGGUAUGGGGAAGGGGGGUUCCACAGAAAUGUUUGAUCCUGCAGUCUCUUACUAGGUUAACACUCAACACCCAUGAGAAGUGCCACUAACCAUCAGAUCAUUCAUGGGAGCAUAGCUUGCAGAAUUCAAUCCAUAAAGGCUGCUCCAAAUGCCUAGUGAAGUCAAUGGGAAGACUCCUAAUGCCUUAAUAGAUUUUGGAGCAAGCACUACCUUCCUUGACAUUUAAAAAAGGCACAUUGUCAAUAUCUUCCUGUUAAAUUUUUCACCUCAGAUACGAAAUACCAUUCUAAUCAGGAAAACAAAAGCUUAAAAAAUAUAAACAACUGCACUGAUGUCAUUUAUUUUUGGCACUAGCCCAAAGCUGCAGUGGUUGCAUUUCCAACACUGACUUAGAAAAGGCUUCUUGAAAUAACCACAAAGAUGUUUUUCUUUACAAGUUCGAUAAAAACUUUUCAACAGUAAAGUUUGGAGUCUGAAACUACUUGAAUGGCCUUAAUGUAUCCCACUUAUCACCUGUACCCCACAGCCCCUAUCCCACAAAUGAAUCUAUCAGGAGAGACCCCUGUGCUUAAAUGGAACCACAUUAGUCAAUACAGAUCUGCACCAGCAGAGCCAGUUGCAAGAUCAGAGCUUGAGUUCAAAUUUAGUG